GUCUGUAGUGUAAAUGAAAAUUGAUAAACUACAUAUAGCCUUUUACAGGGCUUUUUUAACUUGAUUAAUUCGCAAAACAUAGAUUUACAUGCAUAUUUUGAUGUUUGCGGGACAAUUUAGUAAAUAAAAUAAAAUUUAAGAUUAUUCUAACAGUCGGUAGCAUGCUGUCUUUGGCGAAAUAACUAUUGUGAACUUAGAAGUUGUCAUGGCGAUUUGUAAUUCACAAAAUAUCUUUCCUCUAACAUCAUAUUUAUUAUAGCUUGUUACGUGAUAUUAGAUUUUCAAAAUGGCGGCAUCUUAUGCCAUAGUCUUUAGUUAAAUCACAAUUCAUUUGACAAUUUAUUUACUGUUGACAAACGAUUCUCAACCUUCCAAUAGAAAAACAGUAUACAUGAGCCAUUGCAUGCGCAAUCUUUAUUUGCAAAGAUUGUGACAAUACUCGAUACUUCGACUAAUUAAAACUACAACGGCUUCAUUAAGCUCUAUAAUUGACUGCAAAUAACAAUAAUCAGCAAUUACUAAAAGGCACAGCGAUAUUCUGCAUGAUUUCUAUAAUCUCCUCGUUCAAUUUACCGUUUCUGCAGUUGGACUUGAAAUUGGGCACUUUUCAAAGCAAACAAAAUUCAAUUUUGCAUGGCUCUUGCAAAUAAGAAAUAUCAACACAUGUCAUGGAAAAUGAGAUUGUUCGCAGAAAAAAUAAUGAAAUGUUUAAGCAUAACCGAACGGGCCAACUGCGCUCGACCAUUAAAUAAGGUUCAAUUUGCGAGGGUUUUCUUAUUCAAAUUUAUCAUGAUUAAUGAAUUGGCGCUCAUAUUAUAAAAAUGGCGUUUGCGUCUAGUGUCUUGUCAGUUGAGUGAAACAUGUUUUGGUGCUUCCUCACGAUUUUGGCGGGAGUUUUUGUGCAAGGAGAGCUUGAAUGUAGAAAUGGAGCAACAGUGGAAAAAACGAAAGCAACGCUCACUUGUGAUGGAAACAUGACUGUCUACGUGGACGGAAAACAGGUUAACAACAAAAUCUCCAACUACACGAUUGCACAAAAAACCAUUAUCCCCCCAAAAUCAUCCAUCCUCGUGAUUCACUGUGGCAAGCUUCUCCAGAAUGAAAGAACCAGCGCAAUUUUGGGCAGUAUCGGCAAUUCCGUAGUGACGUCGAGUAAAAAUUGGAUGUGUACGGACGAAUCAGCGAGGAACCCCGCGGAGUUGACAUCGUGGGCUCACGCUUUCGUUCAUCAAAAUAAUAGCGAGGUUGGUAUCCCGUUUGGAGUUGUAUCCGGUAUUUCAAGCGAGGCGGAAUGGAUUGGAACAAGCAAAGUGGUAAAUGGCACAGGUUCGCUGUACUGCAGAUUAACUCUAUGCCCCAUAAAAGAAUGCGUAACCAUGUACACAACUCGUGUUGAGAAUCACAAGCUCGAGGGUUUUGUUUUUUCUCAAUUUCAUGUUAAACAUGUUGCACAAUGCGGCAUGAAGUGCUUCGCUGAGAAAGAUUGUCGAUCAUUUAAUUUCAUUCCUUCCUCGUUGAGUUGUCAACUCAAUAAUUCAACUGAACGUUUGGGCUCAAAAAACCUCAAACCAGCUCCAGGUGUGAUGUAUUUCUACAAGAAUGAUUGAUGGACGAACGAGAAAGCCUCUUAGCGAUUUGACAAAUGAUAUACUCUGUUAUAACAGACAUAUAACUAUCAAACUUUCAGAACAGACUGUCCCAAGCACCUGUAUGUACGAUACUAUAACAAGAAUACUCAUGAAAAUAAUAUACAGAAAAAAUUAUUAUAGUCAAUUGACUGUAAACGCUUUACAAGUUGUUUCCAUGUGCAUGUAUAAACCUUCAAAGUAUAAACAUUUAUGCGGGGAGUAAUUUGCACAAAUUUAAGUUAUUAGCGAUAAGAUCUAUAUUAUAUCACGCUUUCGUAUCUCCAAGGCAGAAUCACUUUCCAUAGUAUAACUCCUAGUAUCAGUUAGCUGAUCAAUCAUACCUCAUGAUACGUUAUGUUCAGAC